AAUGAUUGAAAAUUAACAAGAUGAGUAGAUUAGCCCAUUAGAUUAUGGGAAAUAUAAUGCAAAGCCUUAAAAAGAUCAUCGAGAGUUGAAAUACAUGGCAACUAAAAUUAGUGAACCUAGAGGGAGUAUUCAGUAUCCUUAACAUGUGCAAGUGGCUAUUGAAGAUGAUACCAAUUCUUAAAAUGAUUCUAGAUGGUAUGCAAAGAAUGAUGCAUACAAAUAACUUACUGGAAAUGAGAGAACUGGGUUCAUAAAAAAAGUAUUUAUGUUUUAUAUAAUAAGGUUUAUGCAAUUAUGAUAAUUUAAUUGUUUAUAACUAUGAUCAUGUGUCUUAUAUCUUACUUGUCACUUGAUUAUAGGAGGUUCUAACUCUAACAUAAUGGAUUUGUAUAUUUGGCUUUAGGAAUAUCAAUAUUUGUAGAAUUGUUACUUUUUUGCAUUCCCAAAUUUGCUUGGAGAGUGCCUUAUAAUUAUAUUUUACUGUUUAUUUUUACUUUCUGUGAAGGAUAUCUAAUAUCAAAUCUAUGCAGUUAUGUAUUUGAUAGAUAUAGUGAAAAUGGAGGUAAAUCAAUGGUUUCCCUAUAUAGGAUUUAUUGUAUUGAUGGCUGCUAGUUUAUCAUUAGCUGCUGUAAUAGGAUUAACCAUAUAUGCUUGUAAAACAAAAUCAGAUUUUACUACUAAAGGAGCUCUAUUGUUUAUGUGUAUUACUUCUUUACUACUUUUUGGAAUAAUGGCAGGUAUUUACUAUCAAAAUGUUAUAAAUCUAAUAUAUUCAUUACUUUGUUGCCUAAUAUUUGGUGCUUACUUAAUAUAUGAUACUUAAUUAAUAUUGGGGGGAAGUGUAAUAUAUUUAUGAAUAAUAUUUAUUAGACUCACAAAUUGUCAAUUGAUGAUUAUAUCAUAGGAUCUAUGAUAAUUUAUAUAGAUAUUGUGUAUUUAUUUGCACAUAUCUUAAUGGUAUUGAUAGCAUGUCUUAGAUGA